AUGCUCGACACUUCCGUCGACAAGGACGUCGGCUUCGGCUACAUUGAGAGGCGUACACAUUCGGAUACACGCGGCAGGUUCUUCACCCUCGGAACAGAGCAGCUCGAUGAUAAACGUCUGAGGAAGGGCGGGAUGCAUAUUCUGGAGGUGUCUUGGGCUCAUGGGGUUCUGCCGCCGCGCAUUCUCCAUAACCGCUUGGUAUGUGCUUGGGGGAGCAACCUACCCGAGCAGGUCCUCAUUCAUUUCGCCCAUGUGAGGGAGCACGGCAUCACUCUGAUCCCAACCGCUUGCCAGUUGGUGUGCGAUUUAUCAUAUGGCGCAUAUAUGUCAGCCGGUGGCGUGCUCACUGCCAACAUUUUCGCGCUCCUCCCCCCCAGCAAGACAUUGCACGGGGGGGGGUCGUUGCUUGCGCUUCAGAAUUCAGUGGCGUGA